ACGUGUGUGUGUGUGUGUGUGUGGAUGAUUCAGCAGCUCGUGCAGCAGCAGUCAGUCGCAGCGACCCGACCUCUGCAGCACACGUGCGGAUUUCAACGGAAAAACAAAAACGGACUUUUAUUUUGACAUCUGACAGUCGGCGAACCCGUGCAGGUGAUGUAUGUGUGUGGGAGACCCCGUAGUGUUGUGUAGUGGGAGCAGGCCGGAGAGCAGCAGCCGAAGUCCGCAGAGAAAACGGCCGGUUUUGUCCUCCUCACGUCUCCCUGUGGAUUUUAUCCCUUUAUUCGUAUUUACCGGGACGUUUAUCGCCUGUUGUGUUUUCUCGGACUCUCUCCGGUUGGGUUUAAUCCGGACUCAUCCUCUCUGACACCCAGCUGCUUUCAGUCAACCGUCUCAACUUCGACAUUUCCGCAUUUUUUGACGUCUGAUGCUCCGUCUACCCGGCAGUGCCAAGAAGAGCUUGUGACGCUCAGCUCAGCUCAGAAUACGGUGGCCUUGGGCGGACAAAUGACUGAGGAGGCUGAUGUUGUUCUUCCAGCACUCUCCUCUUUCUCAGUGUCUCCAUGGUGAAGUGGGCGGGGUCUGAUGUCAGCCCCUCCUCUUUACGACCUUCCCACCAUGCCCACCAUGGUUUCUAGGCUUCCCAAGUUCGGCUCGCGGCCUAAAUCCGCCGCAAAUUCCAAUGGAGCUCAGAUUGGACCGGCUGCCACCCCAAGCACCGGCGUCUUCACCAGCACCGGCGCCGCCACCAGCACCCGCCUCACCAACGGGUUCUACCACCACCCCGGCCCCGCAGGGGUCAACGGCACUUUAACCGCAUCUCCAGCUGCUGUCAAGCAGAAUGGAUUCAUCAGAGUGCCAACUUCGUUUUCCAUGAAAUGGAGGAAAGAAAGUGAGACGUUGGAGGACGGGAAGGGCGGGAAUCGCUCCGGUAACAAUCAGUAUAAUUCCCAACAGCAGCAGGCAUCACUGGUGCCGUCACAGCGCGACGCCAAGAAGCCAGCGCCUACUUCUGCAGGAAAGGGGCGUGGUUUGGGCCAUCCUGUGACAUCGUCAUCAUCGCCGGCGCCACAGUCCAGCCCCAGAGCACUUCCUGUCUCUAAGAGUGGAUCUCAAGGCUCCAGCCAAACUGCAUCCGGGUUAAUGAACGGAGCAAAACUGGCCCUGAAUGGUCUUUCUGGAUCCAAACCACGAAUCAGUGGUUCUCUGAGACCGCCUCAGAGCUUUGUUUCUUCCCGGCCCGGUUCUGGUCCUGGUUCUCGAUCUGGUUCCCCUCUACAAAAGAAAACGCAAGCCUGCCGCUCCCACUCCACCGACAGCCUCGGGUCCGCUCCGUCUGUCCCGCUGACUGAAAGUGAUCGUUUUCGGUCACGCAGCCUCACCCAGGUGAGACGGCAGCCCUCCCCCAACCUCUCCCCUUCUUCUGCCUCCUCCUCCCUCUCUCGCAACCCUGCCACCUCCCGCUCCUAUGGCAUCAACAGGGCCGGCGGGCGAGCUUCCUCCGCUCAGGCUACACCCAAAAUGGCAAAAUCUCCUGUUAGUCAGACUCCUGAGGGAGGGGGCAAAGGUGGAGGGGUCAAAGUUCAAAGUUCAGGAAGAUCAGGCGCCAGCAUCCCAUCCCUCCUGCUCCCCUCUGCCUUAAAGAAGCCCCUCCUACCCAGCAUUGGCCCCGCCUCUAAGCCCAGCGUCAUCAGCUAUAAGCUGUCACGCCCGUCACUCAACAAGCAGUCCCGCCCCCUGCGAGUGACCCCAGCCAAUGAGGCGGAAGGAGACCCUGAAGGACCGACAGCACGGAGGAUCUCCGUAGAGACGCCCUCGACUACAGAGAACAGCCCAGAAAGUACCCCAGAGGCUCCAGAGACAGAGGGGCUGAUGACAGAGCCGGCAUCCCAGGGAGAGGUGUCGAUUGUGGGGGAGACGCUCGAGGACAUGUCCCUGUCCUCUAACUCGUCUCUGGAUAGAAAUGACACCAGUCAGGAGUACAUGGAUGACUUUGACAACCUCGGAAACGGAGGGGUGGGCAUUCUGCUUCUCCCCUCUAAAGACGACGAAGACGACUCAGGGCUCGACCAGUCAUGUGCCAGGUUUGAUGAAAACAAGGUGGCCGUCAACGGCAAGGCGGCAGGACUGUGUUUUCUGGACGACGGUAUAGACUGGACCAGCAUGAGGCUCAGUGGUGAGCAAGGGGAGCAUCAACUGACCCGACUCCCCCAUCGGAGAAGGUCCAGUCAGCCGGAGUACCAUGACCAGGGCGGUUCGUCCCUAGACCUGUCCCCGUCGGACAGCUGUGGCUCAGGGGGAACCUACAUGUGGGACGAGGAGGGCCUGGAGCCGCUGGGGGGCGCCGCCACGACCGCCUCAAUCCACACUAACAGCAACACCACCCAUCACAUCGGGAGCUUCGACUCCGACCUCAACAGCAUCGACAUCUUGAACAACCUGGACUCUUGUGAUCUGGAUGAUGAUGACCUCAUGCUGGACGCAGACGUCCUUGAAGAUGCCUCACUGCACAGCGAUGGAGACGGGAUCUCCCACAUGGCUCAGUGGAGGAUGAGACAGCUCUGCUGGGGGACGCAGGACGUCCACAAUGACAAUGAAAGUGACUUCCAGUGCUACAAGCUAACUGAGGAUCCUGGGAACAAGAGGACCGACAGCGACCUCAUUCUGGACCUCUGUCCUCCGAGGUCUCCCUUCCUGUCUCCCGGUACUCCUGGUUUGGGUCUGGAUGUGGAGGAACUGGCUGAAGACUGUUCUGCUGUCAGAUCACAGCUGGAGUACCUGCAGAGGUUGCUGCUUCAGGAGGAGGACAUAGACGAUGACACUCUGACCACAGACACUCCUGAAGCCAACGAUUCCUCCCACGGCUCUGACACACAGGUGCAGGUUCUCCUGCAGGAGGUGCAGCAGCUCAGAGAGGAGCUGAGGAGCCGAGACCGAACCAUCGCACAACUCACCCUGCAGCUGCAGACUGUUCCCGCGGCGACCACCAAGUGUCGCUGCCAGGAGAUGACGGGAAGGGUGGACCGCCACACGCAGACAAGUGCGACGGAGAGAGAGAGUGUGGCCUCGCAGACGCCCUGGAGAGAGCACGCUUCACAGAUACUUCACCCCUCCAGCCAGGAAGACCAGGAACCACUAAAGGACCAACACCCAGCUCCACCGCCAACCCAAGCUCUGCCUACAGCUGACCCCUGCUCCACCAGACCCAACAUCCCUGCUGACAACGCCACCGAUGACCCCCUAACCGAGGGAGAAAUGGAUUAUUUGAAACAAACCAGGAAACAGGAGAAUAAAGGAGAGACGAAAGAGAGGAGAAGAACCUACACCAGAUCCCUGCAGCUCCCACAGCCCUCCAAACUCCGCCUCUUCCUGUCUCAGACCCCCAGCUCCAGCUCUGCUGCCACCAAGCCGCCGAGGACAGGGGCGGCCAGGCAGCCGCCUCAUGACCCAGAGAGCACUCCUGGGGUUAAGAUCAAAAUGGCGGCCUUCACCUCCAGCUCCUCCCGCCUCCCCAAGCCGAAGAGCCACUGAGGUGUCUGCCUCUUAAACCACCUCCUUAACACGCAAUGAUGUGAGCCAACGGACCACCGACGGCCCUGAUUCUGCUUGUGUUUAUCAGUAAUGAUUGAUCCUGAACGCCAACCUGUGGCUGCUGCUAGAAAACUAGACUUCCUGUAUUCCUAAUUUCUGAUUAUUAUAGUCCGUGGACGAUGUGAUCAAGACGCUAAAGCAUCACUAAAUUAUUUAAGUUGUAAAUGAGAUGAAAUAUAUACAGUUAACUUAUUUAUUGUUAAUAUUUUGAGCAGUCUGACUGAUAAAGGUUUAAAAACGUGGUGACACUUUAUUUUACAGGUCCUAUAGUCUCCUAAUGAUUUCCUAUAAAGACCCCAAUAUAUAACAUUAAAUCUACAGGAAUGUUCUUGGUAGAGGUGUAACGGUACACAAAGUCUACAGUUUGGUUUGUGUCUUGGCUUCGGAGACAUGAUAGCUCAUUAACUCGAUUUAGUUCUUACAGAAAUGUCAGUAAUGCCGUCGUAAAUGUUUGCAUACAGUCGACGAAACUGCGAGUCAGGCGGUGCUUGGUUUUCAAUCUGCUGUAUUCAGCCCUGCCAACAAACUUUUACAUAUUACAGCUAAACAGUAAAUCAAGUAAUAUCUUCAUUGAUAUUUAGCAUUUUUCUAGUUUGACAGUUUGAUCAGAUUUACUUAAUCUUAGGCAGCGAUAUUGGGAUGAACUUAGUAAUAUAAUUGACUUUUUAAAAACUCUGAUACUGCAGAUGUCAUAUAGUUCAUAAAAACUUUUCUUCAAACUUCCAGCUGAGUGAAUGCUCCACAAUAGAGGUAAAAAAAAAAAAAA